CAAAUCGGCUCAAAUUCGCCACAUCUGAGAGUGAGGGAUAUGAUCUGCUGGAAGCUGUGAGGUUUCACCUUCCAGCUUGCGGACGGUUUUGGUAAAGCUUGUUGUAAAUCUGAUGUUUUAGUGUUUGUUCCAAGCCACGUCACAGGGUUGUGAGACAGCUUUAAAUCCCGGAGUCCUGAUCAAAUUUCCUUCCAAUCCUAUCCCUCCCCGGGUGCCUGGUGUGGAUCAAAUCCUUGUCGCUCUCUCUCUCUCUCUCAAAUACACGCACACACGCACACGCAGCUAUUUCAACUCGAUCAUCGUUGCAAGAUGGUAUUCAAAAGUAUUCCGUUUUUUGUCCUUCUAGCCAUCGCCGUGAUAAAUGCUGAAGAAGUGAGUAGCAAGUCCAAGAUUUGUGCCAAUGUGUUUUGCGGCGCUGGAAGGGAGUGUGCGGUGACAGAGAAGGGUGAACCCACAUGCCUGUGCAUUGCGGAAUGCAAGCAUCACAAGCGAGUGGUUUGUGGAAGCAACGGAAAGACUUAUCGUAACCACUGUGAGCUUCACCGUGAUGCGUGCCUCACUGGUAUGAAGAUUCAGGUCGCUCACGAUGGCCAUUGUGAAGAAAAGAAGAAUGAAAAAGCAGCAGCCAGUAGUCCAGUUGUCUGCUACCAGACAGACCGUGAUGAGCUUCGGCGCCGUGUCAUGGAAUGGCUGGAGACCGAAAUCGUUCCUGAUGGGUGGUUCUCGAAGGGCAUCAACUAUACAAAUAUUCUCAACAAAUACUUCACGAGUUAUGAUGAUGGUGACUCCUACCUAGAUUCUAAUGAGUUCCUGAAAUUUGUAGAACACAAUGAGACUGUUAUCAACAUUACCUCGUACACUGAACAGGAGGACACCAGACUUCUUCGCGGCCUCUGUGUUGAUGCACUGAUUGAACUGUCUGAUGAGAAUGCUGACUGGAAACUCAGCUUCAAUGAGUUUUUGAACUGCUUGAAUCCUGGUUUUGUGCCACCUGAGAAAAAAUGUGCUUUGGAAGAUGAGACUUAUGAGGAUGGAGCUGAGACUACAGUGGAGUGUAACCGAUGCGUCUGUGCUUGUGGCAACUGGGUGUGUACUGCCAUGACCUGUGACGAUAAAAAUAAGGGCAUUCCUGAGGAGCAGCUACAAACAACUGCCAAUGAUGAGAUGACUGAGGAGGAGUGGACAAAAUAUGUUCACGAGCUCAACAAGCAUCAGGAGACUGCUGAGAAGGCUGAGAAAGUGAACAUAAAGGAGACCUAAAAAUACAUGGUGUGGAGGGGAACAAAGUUGAUCUUUAUUUUCUAACCUGUUUCUCUCCAUUCAGCCAACCAGUAAACAUUCGGAACUUCAACAAUCACUACUAAAUAUAUAUACACAUUAUAAACAGUAUUUUUUUGGGCUUUGUGUUGGGGACAAAGGCAGUCCUUGGUUUUAUUCAAACAGACUUCUCAUAAUGUACUGUAUUGUUAAACAAGAGUUUAGUAAAAGAGUUAGCCGUGAAUGGUAAAUUGUUAGUUCGAUUGUAACAGUUGCGUAGUCCUGUGGAAGAUGGUGGAAAUCACAUCCUGCUCCUUUUUGGUUACCCAUGUUCCUCUGUAUUACACACAGAACCACGGGUGGAGCUUCAUUGGACUGCACCACCUAGACCAGAAUUCUAGAGAUUAAAGCUUCCCAGUAAGUCCUAAAAUUCUGGGUGCAACUUCGAAUAGAGUGAUGGCAUAAAAAUUACUGAAAAAUUGAAUUUUCAUUAACUUACAUAGAAUUGUGAUCUUUGAACUGGCAGAGUUCAGUGAGUCCAUAGAUGCUGUUUUGCUUCUUAAUGCUCAUUGAUAACCAAAGCUUUCAAUUUACCCAGAAUUCUGGUGCCAAAACAACUUUGAUAGAAAUUAUUUAAUACAAUUUAAAGUCAUUUCUUUUCUUGUAAAUAAAUGUCUAAAAUAUUAAUUAGUGAUUACAUUGUACUUAAUACUCAUUUAUAAAGUGAUUCAAAAAAGCUGUUUGGCUGAUGCUGUGUCACACUUUGGAUCUCUUCAGUUUAGAUACUCAAAUCUUAUUGAAUUUGAGACAACAAAAUGUGAGGCUGGAUGAACACAGCAGGCCCAGCAGCAUCCCAGGAGCACAAAUUCGUGCUCCUGGGAUGCUGCUGGGCCUCCUGUGUUCAUCCAGCCUCACAUUGUUGUCUUCGAUUCUCCAGCAUCUGCAGUUCCCAUUAUCACUCUUAUUGAUUUUGGGUACCUGAGUUACCAAAGCAUAGUGGGAAAGGAAUUCCAUCGACCUAACAAUUGCACCACUACAAUUAAAGGAAAACACCAUGAAUGCUGGAAAUCGGAAAUGGAAACAGAAGGUGCUGGAGAAACUCCACAGGUCUGGCAGUAUCGGUAAAGAGAGAAACAGAAUUAACGUUUCUAGUCCAAGAUGAUUUUUUUGGACCACUGGACUCACUUUUAAACUCUGUUUCUCACUCCACAGAUGCUGCUCAACCUGCUGAGUUUCUCCAGCAUUUUAUUUUAUUUCUUCAAUUCAGUCUUUCUUUGGGGAGUUUUUGUCUGUGCUUGGGACACGUUGAAAAGGAACUGUGGAAAAGCUUGCGAUUGGCAGGUUCUUCUAUCGCAGCAGGUUAUACAGACCAUCUCCAUUUAAUACCAGAGAAAAAUACUGUUUCCUUCUGCUAGCUCUGGCACAAGGUGGUGCCGAUUAGUCGCCCAUUAGAUGGGUGUCUCUUAAUCUCUUAAGGCUGCCUGAGCAAAGUUGGAUUGCAGUAACAUUUUGGCAUUAAGAAUUGGGAUUGCCCUACCAAUAAUGAUAUAAAAUAUAAUGUAUGAGGCCACUUUUUCACUCCUGUCCUCUUUUGGUUUCCCAACCACAUCUUUGAAAUAAGUUCUAUGCAGCCUGUUCAGACAUGUUCUUACAAACCACUGGAACAGGUGACACUUGAACUGGGCCUCCUGGCUCAGAGGUACAGACACUACCACUGUGCAACAAGAGCCCUUCAAUCACAUAAUUUAGGCCAUGCAGUUUAAUAUCCAGCAAUGUAACAUUGGAAGAUCACUACAAGGGUUGACAGGGAUAACACCCCUAUAGCCCCUGCUGAUAUUUUUUUUUCCCCAUACGCUGCUUGUCUGGUCUGUGAUAGAUUUUUCCCCAUGAUCUGUAGGUAAUGUAGAGGAUUAUGGAAAACUUAACUGUAGCUAGCCAUCUUCCGCAAAGGUUUACAAGCACUCUAUUGACAUUUCACAAUGGUGCUACAUUCUUUCUUUUCUUUAUUAUAUAUACUGUAUACACUUGAUGUAUUAUUUGCAGGGUUUUUUUUGUAACCUCCGGAGUGUUCAAAAGUUUAUUUAAACUCUUGUACAUUUCAAAGAGCAUCCACAAUGUUGAACAUUAUUAAAAAAGUGCCUAAGGACAGGUUGGAAAUUGGUGGUGUUAGUCUACAAAUCAGCAUGUUAGGUUGUCAAAUUGCCAUUGUUUCAAUAAAAAGGAGGAAACUGCCUUUUACCAGUAUGCUGUAGAAUGCCGAUAUCCGCUUGAAAUACUUGUGAAAAAAUCUGAAAAAGGUGAACUGUACACCGGGCAGAGUUGUUGUCUUAGAAAUGCUUCCUCUGCAUUUGCGAGUCUAUUCAACACUGUAGCAUGAUGCUGUAAAUUGAUUAUUACAAUAGUAUAUAAUCUCACGUAUUCACAACACCAUUUCUGGGAAACAGUAACAUUCUCAAUACCAUAUGAAUCAGCAUCAUUCCACAUCUAAACUGAGGAUCACUUCAACAACAACAAAAAAAAAUUCUUGCUGAGAUUCUGCUCUAACAUUGAGUUAUACAUUCCCAUCCAAAGAGUAAUUUGCAAUGAUUAUGUUAGUGGCUUGAUCUCCAAGUGGACCUUGUAUAGACUGAUAAUGGUGAGGGAAGCACAGUCAUUGCUAAAGGAAAGCUAACAGUGCAUCUUUGUAGCUCUUAGACUUUUCCAAUAUUUGCUCAACCUUGGUUUUUCAAGAUAAUACAAGAUGUAAGGAGAUCUGAAUCAAAUGGAGUUUCACAAACUUUUGAGGUGACCCCAAAGAUGCAAUUUGCUGUUUUCAAUAAUCAGAAGGAUGCUUAAAGUAUGAAUGUCAUAGUUUCAGGAAUGAGGUUACAAGCAACGAUUAAGAGAUGGGAACAAACACUUUGAAGUGUCUUUGGUCUAUUUUUCGAAAGGUAAGAUCAGCCAUUGUAUUCAUGUAUUAUCCUAUUAAAGCAAAUGAAAUGAUUUGCUUUUGAAAAAAAAAAGCACUAGUCAUUGUGUUAGUUUGCUUUUCACCUUACUUUCUCUGGAACUCGAUUGCAGGCUGUAGUUAAUGAAUCUGAUUGAAUAUUAUCAAGACAAACCCACCCCACACCCAUAGGAAACAAAGAUCAUCGCUGAAAAAUAAAUAUUUGAUCAGUUUUUGCAUCCUGACAUGUCAAAAUUUUAUGAAGUGUCAACUUGCAUAUGUUUGCACCAUAUAUUUCUUACUUUCAAUGUUGUUAAUUGUUGUGGGCUCAAAGGCUGUAAUUCUGUGACCUUGUUUUGAACUACUAUCUUAUUGAACCAUAAGAACCAUGUAUACUCUGACCAAACUAUCAUAAGAGGAUUUCAUGUAUUGUAGUUUCCUUUUGUACUUUUCUGGCAUUUUUGGGUUUAAUGUCAAUAAAUUUUCUUACAAAAA